UAGCAGAGUACGGAAAGACAUGUACAAUGACACAUUAAAUGGCAGUACAGAGAAAAGGAGUGCAGAGUUGCCCGAUGCUGUGGGACCUAUUGUUCAGUUGCAAGAGAAACUUUAUGUGCCUGUAAAGGAAUACCCAGAUUUUAAUUUUGUUGGGAGAAUCCUGGGACCUCGAGGACUUACUGCUAAACAGCUCGAAGCAGAAACAGGAUGUAAAAUAAUGGUCCGGGGCAAAGGCUCAAUGAGGGACAAGAAGAAGGAAGAACAGAAUAGAGGAAAGCCCAAUUGGGAGCAUCUCAAUGAAGAUUUACAUGUCCUGAUCACUGUGGAAGAUGCUCAGAACAGAGCCGAGAUCAAGCUGAAGAGAGCUGUUGAGGAAGUGAAGAAAUUACUCGUGCCUGCAGCAGAGGGAGAAGACAGCUUGAAGAAGAUGCAGCUGAUGGAGCUUGCGAUCCUGAAUGGCACCUACAGAGACGCCAACAUUAAAUCACCAGCCCUUGCCUUUUCUCUUGCAGCAACAGCCCAGGCCGCUCCACGGAUCAUUACUGGGCCGGCACCUGUCCUCCCACCGGCCGCCCUGCGCACGCCUACGCCAGCUGGCCCCACCAUAAUGCCUUUGAUCAGACAGAUACAGACCGCCGUCAUGCCCAACGGAACUCCUCACCCCACUGCUGCGAUCGUCCCUCCAGGGCCUGAAGCUGGUUUAAUCUACACACCCUACGAGUACCCCUACACAUUGGCACCAGCUACAUCAAUCCUUGAGUACCCUAUUGAACCUAGUGGUGUAUUAGGUGCGGUGGCCACUAAAGUUCGAAGGCACGAUAUGCGCGUCCAUCCUUACCAAAGGAUUGUGACCGCAGACCGAGGUUAGUUUAGUUCUGCAGUUCUUGUUUAUGAGAAAUGCGUUGGGUGGCCAUCAGAUUUGCAACACCACACCUGAUGGAAGUGCAGAUGUUUGCCUGCACGCCAGCUCAUUCCCUUUUCUAAACUAAUUUGUAAAACUGGACGGAGCCAAGCGUGGGGCGGCGUGGGCGGGGCUCGCCGCCCUGGCGCCCGUCCUGUUUCUGCGUGGUGGGCUCCAGCGGUCCGCACUGACGGGCGCCCACCGAAACAGAAAUUAGUCUGUUUGGGGAGCUACUAAAUUUUUACGUUGCCUUAAUUAUUUCUCAGUAAUAUUUUUGCUAAAAUUUGCCUUUUUAUUCUGCUGAAAUUUUGGGUUGGUAUUGCAAAAUGAACUGAGUGGAUGGUGCUUUCAUGCGAAGUCAAGGAAUAUAUGCCUCCUGUGUCCUUGUGGAGAAAACUGAAGAUUUAAUUUCCAUUUUCCUAUUUUGAUGAGAUAUUUGAGCCACUAUACAAAUGCAAGGGCAUACCUGUCAAGUUACCUGGCUGACAUCAGCAAAAUAAGGACUGUGAAGUCAACGUUGAUGCAGUUGGGUAUUUUUAUAAAUCAGAAAAUCAGUUCUCUUUGACCUGACAUUGUCUUGCCAAAAUGGAUCCUUUGAUUUCUGUCAUUUGCUGCUAAAAUACAUUAUCUGAAGGUAAACUUUCUUGAAGUUCUGUGGUGACGUAAAUCCAGCUCUCUGGAUUUCCUUCUAACGAACCUGUGACUGGAAAAUAAGUCUUCACUUUUCUCCUUUUCAACAGUUGUGAUUUGUGUCCUAUAUAUGCUCUUGGGCCCUUUUAUAAAUUAUUUAUGUUUAUUGAAUGGGAGUUUCGGUUUAUUGACACUGAGUUGUUUCCUGUGGUUUCCAUCAUAAGGUAAGGACUGCAGCAAGGCGGAAAGGAUUUGUUUAUAAGCUUCUGUCAUGGCACGUUUGCUCUCUGUGCAUGAAGUUGAUCAGAGUCCCUAGAGAUUAGUGGGGGAACGUUGUGGGCCUGUACCCCAGUCCUGCGCUUCCUGUGGACUCCGGAAGGACUCGCCUGCUGCUCAUGACCUGUCCACCUGAGAGCAGGCACCUUCCGAGACGUCUGCUGUUGGCCUAGCGACAUCCACGAUGAAAGGGCCCUGACGACUGUUCAUGUAGUGCAUACGUUGCUCAAAGUGGUUACUCUGUAGGCUAAAUAAAUAGACCCCACGCCCAGCGGUCAUCUGCGGCACAGCACUCGUUGUGCGUGCGUUGCCUGCGAGCGGAAACCACCUUUCGCAUCUGAGCGAGUCUCCUCGUGAGGAAGACAUAUUCCCAGAAAGCCACUAGAGGCUCAAAGAAGCCAGAUAAUUCCGUGAAUAAUGCUGAGCCUCUCCCCACUAGCUAAUGCCUAAUGCUUGUAAAGAGAACUUUUAAAAUAGGUUUUCUUCUGCUAGCCUUUCCCUUUCUGCUAGGCCCCUUCGAGGCAAUUUCUCCUGGUGUUGUUUUAACACAAAUAAUUUUUGGCCUACUCAAUACUCCAGUGCCUUGAGAUAGUUAAGAUAGGAAGAUUUGAUUGUAUUUGGAAAUGACAACACAUUCCGUGCAUGACUCUUCUGUAGUUAUAUGUGUUUUGAUUGGUCCUGUCACUGUUUUUCCUCAAAGCACAGUGUCAAUAAACCAAAAUUCUCCCUUUUUUAAUAACACAAUACUUGUAUACUGCUGUCACUGUCACUGUGUGCGCCCACUGGGUCUGAGGGAGAUGCCUGAAGUCCUUCACUUAAAUUAUUUUAUGAUACUACUGUUUUCUCUAUUUUUGAGGUUUUUUAUUAUUUUAAAAUGUCUUUUGAAGCAAAGAUUAAUAUAAACAUUCACUUAAUGCAAGGAAAUUCAACCCUUGGACACAUAACCAUGUAAUUCAAUAUAAGCAUUAGAGUACUGCAUGGUUGACAGAUAGCUCUUUACUAAAAACAAACCCACCUCUACACGUAAUUCCAAACUGAAUUUGAAACCGUUAAAAGACCAACUGACUUUUAAGUUAAUGAACCCUAAGUGAAUUUUGCACAGUUGAACGCCUGUGUGCACUGUGGAGGCUAGGACUUGGCAGAGGAUGUAUCGGGGUCCCCGGGUGUAUGUAAAUGGUAGCUUGCUUUGUUUCCGAAUUCCUCACUCAAAGAACUUCAGAGUUUUUCUGAAUAAUGAUUUUGCAAAAGGCAUCAUUUACAUAGUUUGUAUAAAGAUCUUAAUACAGUUUUAAUCAAAAUCUUAAGUAAUAUCAAAAAUGCUUUAAGAUUCUGUUACUUCUGGAGCACCUAUAAAAUGAUAAGCCUACAUUGUGUUAAAUACUUAUUUUCUUUGAUUUUGGAAUAGCAAUUUUUGUUGCAAAUAAAAGGCUAUGUAAUUUCAAGGGAAGAUUUGGUCCCAUUGAACAUAGCGUAUUUGCAGAGUAUUUAUGCAGCAUCCUAAACGAUAGACUAGAGAAGGCAUUUUUGCUACAUGACGAUGAACAGUCCACCCUCUGCUGAUUCAGCUGCCUCCGAGCAUCACCCCUCCCGGGUGUGGUUUCUGAAGUGGCACAGAACCCGCCUUGCACUGACGACCUUUUUGUUCACACCUCCUCUGCCGUAGUCACAGUGGCAACAGUGCAGAAAAGUCUAGCAAACCUCAGAGUAUAGUAGAAAUACUUAAGCUGUUGAAUACGUCUUAAAAAUCAUACUACUGUUAAGUGGACCAAGUUUGGUGAGCAGAAGGUGACAGGUUGAUGAAGGGUCGGACAACUUGGGAACGGUAACUUUUCCACUUGAGAACUACUUUGUGUUUUACUGUAAUUUUUAAAUUUUUUUUGUUUUGUUAUUUUUCAAAAGAAAAUAGUAUUUACAGGUGGCUUCUUUUAAAAUAUAAAGAUAUAAGGCAGGAAUGUAUAUGAAAUGUCAGAUUUUAUUGUAUUUGCAGAGUAUUAGCUUUGAAAUUGAAUAAAGAAAGCUGUGUGUAGUUUUAAAAUGCCUUAUUGGUAUCAAUUAGAAAUUUCUUCUAUUUUUUGAUGUACUUAGAGCUUUUUGAGUAUAGAGUUUUAAAUGGCAGGAUUUUACAGUGUUUACAUGCAAGUGCAUUUUGUAAGUGUUCUAUAUGUGUACAAUAGUAUUUUCAACUGGAAAGCGGGCUAGUGCGGAAGGCCCGCCCGCGGCCAGGCCCGCGAUGUUGCCCCGUGCUGGUCUGCAGUCUAGUGCCGCUUGUACCAUGAGGCCCAGAAACUCCAUGUUGUCUGUAAAUAGAAUCAUUGAAAAGCAAUAAACAUUUAUUGAACAAAAGAAACCUUGUUUGGCCCAGAGUUUAUGUUGAACCAAAUUGUUCAUAGAAAACCAAAUUUCUUUAGCUCCAUUUCUGUUAAUCAUCAGUUAUUAAUAAUCACAUCCAUCAUUAAUAGUUGCUUUAAUGCUUGCAUCUGAGAGAAUACUAAUGCUCAAUAGCAGUCAGAUACUGGUAACUGCACUGACUGUUCAGAGUUCCGUGUACGGGGCCUAUUCAUCGUGGUGUUUUCCAAUCUCCUUCAUUGACUGCUACUAACGAUUAGUUGUUAGUUGUAUUUUAUUUCUAUUUUCCCCGUUAACCAGUUUUUUUGUUUUUGUUUUUUUUUUUUUGGUUUUUUUUUUUUUUUUUUGUGGGAGUGGGCUCUCCUUCAUUUGUUCAAAUCAUGAUAUAAAAUUGUCAUGAUUUUUAUUGUAUUCUGUAGAUGGUGUCGAUCAGUUUGUCAGAAUUAAACAUGCUUUUUUAUUAGUUGUGAUUAGUUUUCAUGUUGUCAUUAAGCCGUCACUAGCUGAGACUAAUCUCUUCUCUAUCUUUUUUUUUUUUUU